CUUCUUUUGAAGUAUAGAGGUUGCAGGCAUGAACUUAUAGACUAAAGUUUGUCUUAAUUGCUCUGAUGUCACAACCUCCCUGGCAGAUAACAGUACAAUGAAUGAGUCAACGGCCCCCAUACCUCCAGGUCCUUUUUCUAAAGUGAGACAAAUUUCUUCCCUGUGAGCCAACCAGACUAUAGGCAGCUCUUCCAUUUAUUUAUCUCUAACAGUUUGCAUUAGCUUUCUCCGGAUAAAAAGUCUCUCCCUUGGAUUUAGUUAAAAAGUCAGUAAAACCAAGGCUUUUCCUCUCGCUUUCCCUGGCAGGGAGGUCGGGAGGGGAAGACGUCACCCUGAAAAUCUGCGCGGGAUGCCAGCUGAUGGAAACGUGAAAAAUCUCCUGGCUAACGGGCUGACAGUGUUAUAAUUCACUGGCCUGUCACCGGAUCAAUGUGCAGCGUCUCCAAGUACGGAUCCGGAUCCUCCCUCGGUGGCGCGGCUGGUCACUCGCUCUUGUUGCAUCUCGCCGGGGCGGGCGGCGGCCCCGAGGCGUCGGUGAAGGGCGCGUCGCUGCCCGCCCGCCCCGCGCCCCGGCGGCUGCCCGCCGUGAAGGGCUCGGUGGGGACGGGGGCCCCCCCCUCCGCGGCUGAUGGCGGCCCCGGCGCCGGGCUGCGGGCCCUAGCCCCGAGGAGAGCCUGCACGUCCAGCCGGGCUCCGCCGGCGCGGGGCGUUUUGGGGGGAAUGGAGGCGAUCGCCAGUCAGAUGGGAAAUGGGAGAGAUGCAAGCUCCUCCCCAAAUUCAAAGCAAGAGCUGCAGCCCUACCAGGGCUCCAAUACCCUCAAGCCCAACCAAGUGGGUGAGACCUCUCUGUACGGCGUGCCCAUCGUGUCCCUGGUCAUCGACGGGCAGGAGCGGCUGUGCCUGGCGCAGAUCUCCAACACGCUGCUCAAGAACUACAGCUACAAUGAGAUCCACAACCGGCGGGUGGCCCUGGGCAUCACCUGCGUGCAGUGCACGCCGGUGCAGCUGGAGAUCCUGCGGCGGGCCGGGGCCAUGCCCAUCUCCUCCCGGCGCUGCGGCAUGAUCACCAAGCGGGAGGCGGAGCGGCUCUGCAAGUCCUUCCUGGGCGAGCACAAGCCGCCCAAGCUGCCCGAGAACUUCGCCUUCGACGUGGUGCACGAGUGCGCCUGGGGCUCCCGGGGCAGCUUCAUCCCGGCCCGCUACAACAGCUCCCGCGCCAAGUGCAUCAAGUGCAGCUACUGCAGCAUGUACUUCUCCCCCAACAAGUUCAUCUUCCACUCCCACCGCACCCCGGACUCCAAGUACACCCAGCCCGACGCCGCCAACUUCAACUCCUGGCGCCGCCACCUCAAGCUCAGCGACAAGACGGCCACGGAGGAGCUGUCGCACGCCUGGGAGGAUGUCAAGGCCAUGUUCAACGGCGGCACCCGCAAGCGGACCUUCUCUUUGCAAGGGGCGGCCGCCGGCGGGCCCGGCGCCGGUUCCCCGGCCGCCAAGGCCGCUCUACACCCGCCACCGCCCGCCGGUCCCGAGCUGGCCCCGGCGCACAAGAGCCUGCGCUGCAGCGGGCAGGAGCCGGCGGGCGAGCGCGGAGCGCUGGGGCUACCGGCGGCGCACGGCGGGGCGGCGGGGGCUCACGGCGGGGCGGGCGGGGUGCGCAGCUACCCGGUGAUCCCGGUGCCCAGCAAGGGCUUCGGGAUGCUGCAGAAGCUGCCGCCGCCGCUCUUCCCCCACCCGUACGGCUUCCCCGCCGCCGCUUUCGGACUCUGCCCCAAAAAGCAGGAGGACGCGCUGGGCGGCGCGGGGGGCGGCGAGGCGGGCAAAGGCGGCGCGCUGCCCCCCGGCAUGUUUUGGGGACCCCCGCACCCCCACCCGCACCAACCGGCCCAGCCGCCCCACCAGCCCGGAGCCGCCAAGGACACCGGGGUCUACCCCUCCUUCCCCGUUUUCUGGCCGGCCGCCGGUAGCCUGCCCGUGCCGCCUUACCCGGCGCAGAGCCAGGCCAAGGCGGCGGCCACGGCCGUGGUGGUGGCGGCGGCGGCGGCGGCGGCGGCGGCGGCGGCCGAACCGCCGGGUUUGUCGGGCCGGCACGGCGAGCUGGAGGGCUCGGAGCCGUCGGGCAGCGGGAGGAGCAGCGCUACCCCCCAGGAAGGCGCCGGGGCGGAGGGCGAGCGCUGCCCCAGCGCCUUGUCGCGGGCGGCGGGCGAGGAGGAGCGCUCCGGGGACGAGGCGCUGCUCGCCCCCCUGCCCCUGCCCAGGAAGGGCAGCUACCUCUCCGCCUUCCGCCCGGUGGUGAAGGACGCCGAGAGCAUCGCCAAGCUCUACGGCACCCGGGAGGCGUACGGCGGCGCGGCCCCCCGCGGCCCCGGCUACCUCUCCCCGGACUUCCUCAGCGAGGGCAGCUCCAGCUACCGCUCGCUCUCCCCCGGGGGGGACACGGCCGAGGAGCCCGAGGUGGACGUGGAGUCCAACCGCUUCCCGGAGGACGAGGAGGAGGACGCUGCCGCCGCCGCCGCCGCCGCCGCCGCCCCCCCCGAGGGACGGGACCCGCCGCCCCCCCGGCUGCUGGCCGGUACCGAGGAGCCGCCGCCCGUCGGGGCCGAUGGGCCCGAGGAAAAGGCGGGCGAGCCGGCGGCGCAGGAGGGCGGCCAGCCCCCCGACGGUAGCCCCGAGCGGAGCAGCAGCCGGGGCGCCUACGAGGUGUACGCGCCGGAGAGGGGGGAGCACCUGCAGCCGCUGAAGACCACCGCCUCCCUGGGAGCCCCGGCCGCCUACCUCUGCACACCCGAGGCGAAGGAGCAAGAUAAAGACGACAAUCACUCUGCGGCAGAGGAUUUAGAGACCAGAAAAUCCUAUCAGGACCAAAGGAAUGUCUCGCAUCCCAGCCCUGUAAAUACCGACAGAGGAGAGGACGGCCUCGGCAUGGAUGUCGCCGGGACGCAGCUGGUAGAAAAGGACAUCGAAAAUUUGGCCCGAGACGAGUUGCAAAAACUGGUCCUGGAACAAAUGGAGCUGAGGAAAAAGCUGGAGAGGGACUUCCAGAGCCUGAAAGAUAACUUCCAGGACCAGAUGAAGCGGGAGCUGGCGUACCGGGAGGAGAUGGUGCAGCAGCUGCAGAUCGUCAGAGAUACGCUGUGCAACGAGCUGGACCAGGAGAGGAAAGCGCGCUACGCCAUCCAACAGAAGUUGAAAGAAGCCCACGACGCGCUGCAUCACUUCUCCUGCAAAAUGCUGACCCCGCGGCACUGCACGGGGAACUGCUCCUUCAAGCCGCCGCUGCUGCCCCAGUGAGCCCCCCCACCCCGACGCCCCCUUACCCCCCAAACACUCCCCCCCCCCCCCCCCCCCCCGGACCCCUUCUUUCCCCCGAAGCCAUGCGGGCAGAGCCCACACAAGCCAUUUCCACGAGGAGACAUUUGUACAUAGAGGAUUCGGAGCCCGGUUUUCCUCGGACUGGCAAUACGGCGGGGAGCGGCCCCGGGCCGGCGGGAGGGGGGGAGCCGGGCCCUCCCCCUGCGCCCCCCGGGGCCCCCCGCUCCGCCUCCCCCCUCCCUCCCUGCGUGUCCGCUUCUCCACCCCUUGUCCAGACUGGAAACAAAAGUGGCUAUGUGCAAUGGAUAUAAAUGUACUGUGAUUCUCUUGGUACAGUAUUUGUUGGAUUU